AUGAAGUCUCAAAGCAUUCAACUCUUUCUUCUCAUGGUGGCUAUUUGUGCCUUGAUGGUGACUUGCAUGCCUGCCGGCAAGUUGACCGAAGAAGAAAAGAAAUUUCUGAGCAAAGAAAGUAAUUAUGGUGCCCAAGAAUGGAAUGCCCAUGGUUACGGAAGUCAAUCAAACCAAUCUAUUUCGUAUGGAACUAAACAUAGCACAAGUGGAAGUCAACCUUUGAACGUUCAAGGUCUGGGCUACCAAAGUAGCGAGCACGUUUCUCGCAGUAGAAGUGGACAAACUCGUCAUUCUAAUCAUGAUCAAAUCAAAGCUGCAUAUUACGAACAUGGUGGUCAUAAACAUUAAGUUCCUUGUAUUUACUGUUGAUCAGAUAACUUCAUUCCUUGCUACGUGCAAUGUUUCUUCGCUUCAAAAUCAAAGUCAGCUCAGUCGAAGGUGUAGAGGAGAGGUGAAAUCUGA